AUGAUUACAGGUGCUACCCAACAAAACCAACAUGCCAAAUCGAUACCAUCUCCUAUACCCAGUACGGACUAUGAGGGGUCAGACUACGCUUCGAGUUUAGCUUCAGUGUCAAGGGGAAAUACGUUGAGAGAACUUGAAUUAGAACGAAGCAACCUUUCUUCUGUCGCUCCCUCCUGUGAAGAAACUGAUGAUGCUGAAGAAAACGAUAGCUUUGCUUACGAUCAAGGUCGUCUAAGCUCAAGCUUUAAAGAUCUAGAUCUUUCAAAUACCUUGAGUGGGGAUGAAAAGUCACCCAUAUCUUCAAUAAAAACCCCCAGUCUUGAUAAGGUUCAAACCGUGGAAAAUGCAUACAAUAAUCAUUCGAGAGCCAACUCUAAAUCCAGUUUGUCUUCGAAUCACUCAUCAAUGACUCAAAAGUCGGUUUCUUUUACCCAAUGCAGAAGCCCUUUUUCUAACAGAAGCUGCGAGAACUUGACAAUUCCCAAGAAGAACCCAGCCCGAUCAAUGAGUAAUACCAUGACAAAUACUUCCAAAGAAUUAACAGGAGAGGAUUCUAAUGCUGCUUCCGAUAAUGCCCUAUCAUCUCCUAUGAGUUAUAAUUUGGAAUCCCCAAUUCAUCACGCACAUACCCCCUCUGAUUCAAGCUUCUCUAACAGUAUCGUUAGUAGCGUCAGCGAUAUAGUAGGAUCUGCAAAUCCAGUGAACAGCAUUGCCUCAUUCGGAUUUUCUGAUGAUUCCUAUUCUUUUCAGGAAGUCCACACUCCUCAUGUAUCUGAUGAAGAAACAACGCCGCAAGAACAAAGAACUGGUAUUUAUCGGUCAAAUUCUAUUGAUGAGGAAGAAAAUCCUAUAUCUUCCAUGAAGUCCUCAAUGCGCUCUGAAGAACCCAACAUAGAUGAAGACAGCCAUCUCACCUUACUUCCCAAAGUUAUGGCUUUACCAGAUCCUAGAUUUACAAAUGUUUUGUCGGCUUUUGAUGCAUUGACUAGAAAGUAUUUACUACGAGAGAACUCCAAAGUUGUUUACGCAUCAAGCAAUGAAGGCUUUUCGGCCCCAUCAAGACGUGUGGUUAACUCCUGUUUCAUGCCUGCUAGAGAUGAGUCAAUCUAUAGCCGCUACUCUAUUUCUCCUCAAAAUAUGCAAGGCAGAGGCCGACUAUACAUACGUUUGGAGGAAAUCCGAAACUUAACUAUUCCUCUUGCUUCUGGUGUAACUACGAAUUUUACAUAUCAGAUUAAAGGAGUUAAAGGUAUUGCUCCCUGGCAACCUUUGCAUUCUACCACAAGUAUAGAAAAGGAAUAUAUUUUUGAUGAAUCUGCGGAUUCUUCUAUUGUUUGGGCCUUAAAGGCAACGUAUGAACCUCCAAAGACCCGUUCUCGUUCUGGCUUAGGAAAGGUUUUUUCAACCAGUCGGCGCAAAUCUUCUGCUAUGGAUCCUGUAUCAGAGGCUCUGCAUGGUUAUGUUUUGCAAGAUGGAACCUUUGGUGAAAUCUCGUUAGAUAUUGAUUCAAUUAGUCGGAGCGCUCUUGGUCGAUGCCAGUCCAUGAUGGUUCCAAUCAUUAACAAAUGGAUAGUGGAUCCUACAGCGCGUGAUGCAAAGCCUUCGUCGCGUAAGGUAGGUGACAUGAUGGUCCAUGUCUUCGCUUUACCUACUUUGCCCGUUUCUCCUAAGGAGCUCCCCUCUUCAAUUGAAGCAGCUAUGGAAGACUUGAAACUUGCUGAAUGGGAUCGCACAUUACUAUGUGAUGGUUAUUUAUGUCAACAGGGUGGAGAUUGUCCUUAUUGGCGUCGUCGCUAUUUCCAAUUAAUUGGCUCGAAGCUUGUAGCCUUCCAACCAUUUACAAAGACACGUCGUGCAACUAUUGAAUUAUCUGAAGCUACUCACAUUGUCGAUGAUAAUCACUACAGCGAUGAGGAAGAAUUGGAAGGUUAUCUAUACUUUGAGGCUGGAUUUCGAAUUAUUUUCAAAAAUUCAGACUAUAUUGACUUCUAUGCUGAAACUGUUGACGAAAAAGAAGAGUGGAUGUCUACGCUUCGUCAGUACUUGGGUCAGUGCGCUCGGGUCCGCAAGAAAUGGACGAAAGCAUUUCUUUCUUUGACAGUGUAG